AUGCGUCUUCUCAUUAGUUCCUUGGGGCUGCUCCCAGCUCUCCUGGAUGUUAUCUGCGCCAUAAACAUUUUCGUCUCCCACUACCAAGGCACGCUCCAAUCGCUGACUGUGACACCAACGAGCGGAGGAGGAUACACAUUGACAACGAAUGGCACAGUGAUAAUCGGUGGCCAACCAAGCUGGUUGACAUUUGACUCCGCGAGCCGGGUAUUAUAUGUUUCGGAUGAGGGAAACACUGGGUCGUUGACCUCGGUCGCAGCGGAAGCAGAUGCUCCAGGGGGUGCUGUUGCCAACGUCCUCUAUGGAAAUAAGAGAUAUGUUGCGAGUGUGAAUUAUGGAUCUUCCCUCCUCACUACCUACAAGCUGCCGUUAUCUUCAUCAACGCAAACUCUGCAGAACAUGAAGCUUACCCAGAGUGCAAAAGGACCAAAUUCAAGGCAGGAUGUUCCGCAUCCACAUCAGACAGUAGUGGAUCCUUCCGGAAACUUCCUUUUGGUACCAGAUCUAGGCGCCGACUUGAUCCGGAUAUAUAGCAUAAAUAGCAGCUCAGGAACGCUCACUUCUUGCGGAAACUUCGUGGAAGCUGGUGGAACCGGACCUCGUCACGCAGCAUUCUGGGGCGACAAGACGCUCUUUGUUGCCAACGAAUUGGCGAACACAGUCCACAGAUUUUCGGUUGCAUACUCAGGCGGUUGCAUGACCCUGACGAAAGAGCAAAGCUUAAACACUAUGGCCGGCGGCAAGUCUGCACCAUCAGGAACAAAGGUUGGAGAGGUUCAUGUGCAUGACAACUUCUUGAUCGUUUCCAAUAGAAGAGAUCUUUCUUUCUCGCCAAAUGAUUCAUUGGCCACGUUCUCCUUGGACGCAUCGACGGGGGCUAUGACCCUGACAGGCGUUACCUCUUCCGGCGGAACCUAUCCGCGUACAUUCCAGAUCAAUAAAGCAGGGGAUCUGGUGGCUAUUGGGGACCAAACUACCGCCAAUGUGGUAGUGGUAAAGAGAGACAUCACAACCGGCUUGUUGGGCCCACAAGUAGCGAGUAUGAGAAUUGGUACUGUUGGACAAGCAGAAAGCGACAACGGGUUAAGUGCAGUAUUGUGGGAUGAGUAAUUAUAAAUUAUAUUGGGGGGAAAUACAACUUCCUCUUG